GCAAAUUUCUUUGCUUAUAACGCUUCUCUGAUUUGAAGUAUCUUUUUAUUUUUCAGAACCCGUGGAAGGAAAGCAGAAAGCUUACAUUUUUCUUUCGGGGUAGAGCUGAUCCUUUUGCUUUUAUAUCUUAUACCUUUUAAUUAUAAUUCCUCUUUGGCGGUGUUUUGUUUUCUCCAAUUAUCUCGACAGCAAAUCUUCUUUGAUAUCAGGCAUGCUCGAGUAGAUGAAUGGGUGCUUGAGGAGGAGGGAAUGGCACUAAUAGCCAAUCAGACACAGGGUUCCUAUGCGGCCUUUUCCUCAACGCCCAUCUCAUCGACCAAAGGAGUGAAGUUGAAACCUUUUGUAGCUCGUCAGUUAAGUAGGAGAUCAGAUGGAUGGACCUCUUCGAAGCACCGCCUCCAUUUAAGCAUAGGGACCUCUCGUGUUCUCGGACCAGUCAGAAGACCUUUAAAGAUCUUAGCUUUCAAAGGCAGCGCCCAGAGCAAUGAAUCAGGAAGCAGAUCAAGUGGAUAUAAAUUGCCAAAGGAUUCUGUUAAACUCUCGUAUGUACCACAUGAGGGUGAAGAAACUGCAACAGAAUCUCUAGAUGUCCAGAAUGUCUAUGCUUCAGAAGGAGAUGGGACUUCACUAGGAUCUGUAGCUAUUCAGAAGUUAUUUAAGAAAUGGUUGAUGAUUUUGCGCACAAAAUCUUCUAGUCCAGCAACUAAUGGAGUUUUGGGUGAGAGACCAUCUGAGAGUAAAAUUUCAGAACAUCAAAGUGACGACCAGAAGCAGGUAACAGUGAAGAUUGUGAAGGCAGCUUGGUGUUACUUUCUGGGACUGGAUGCAAUGAUAAAGAUUCCACUACUGAUAUUCAUACCGUGGUACCUGGCAGUGAAUAUUGUUUAUGGGUCCAGUGUCUCGAAGGAGUUAAGACCUUUGUGGAUCCUUGGGCCACUGAUCAUGGCUCUCUACAUUAAAAUGCUCCAGGGACUCUGUGCUCUCUAUGUCUUCACUUUUAAGCAAACAAUGAUUGUGGUGAAGAACUUCCCAACCUACACUCUACUAGCUUACAACUAUAUGGCCCAAGGGAAGCUCAAGGAAGACCUACGAGCCCGUUUCUGGCAACCUGUGCUUGACACUAAAAAUUUGGAUUACAAAGCUUUGUCUAAGAGGAAACUUAUAGAGUUUGGAGAAUGGGUGGCCGAGAAGUACGUGGAUUAUGUGGAGUCAAUAUGGCCAUUCUAUUGCAGAACAAUCAGGUUUCUAAAAAAGGCAAAUCUCAUUUAGGUAAUGAGAUUGUUUUGUGGGGGUAAGCAAUCAGGUUUUGGAAGAGUUAUCAUCCUCAGAUUGUGAGAUUUUAUUGCAAGGACAAUUCUUUGCUUAACGGAAGGGAAUGAAAUAGGAGCUCUUAUCA